GAUUAAUUUGUUUAAUCUUUGUUAAAUUUAUUAAUUAAAAUUGUGAUUGAUAAGUUUUACGGUUGACUGUCUGAAAUAUUAAUGUUUAAUGACGUCAUAGUGACUGUUGAUUUCUGACGUCAGAGCACGUACACUUUAUAUUUAUUUUUCUUUCUUUCUUUCAUAUCGAUUUCGUACUGAGUCAAAAUGCCGAAACGAAAAGCAAAUUCAUUGCCAGCACAAGUAAAGGCUGUUCGGAGUGCACGGUUGCACACCCAGAGGCCACUUGGCAGACCGGAUAUAGUCGCUACACAAUCACAGUCAGUUAUACCGGAGGUGGAAAACAAAAGUCGGGCAUCGGUAUUGGAAGACCAACAGCAGCAUGAUAAUGGUUACACCUAUGACAACAUAUUUCAUGUAUGGGUGUGUGGUUCGUCGCUGGUCACUGGGGCAUCGAAUCGGGCCUCGGAACGCCCUGACGGACAUAACAUUGGGAUGGAGAAUUUAGGGGUGAAGGUUACAUGGUUAGGUAUGAGCGGGAUGAGGGUACACCAUUUAAAGGAAACGAUAAGUUACCAUCUUCAGUUUAAUCCGAAGCCUGAUAUGCUGAUCAUUCAUUGUGGGGGAAAUGACAUAAGGUGCCAAGAUAGACCUGGUCUAGAACUCAGUUGGAAACUUAAAAAAUGUAUUUAUGACGGUAAUGACGACUACGACCUUAACGGUGACAUUGAAAGUAUCCAACAAAAGUUGCCAAACUGUAGAAUGAUAUAUUCUCAAAUUUUACCACGUUUAACAUGGCGUUACUAUGCAAAUCAUCGGGAAAUAGCUAAUCGAAUCAGAAAAAGGGUGAACAGUUGUAUUGGAGCUUAUACUGUUAGGAAAGGUGGGGGUUACAUUAAUAUCCAAACAUUACCGAAGACCCUAGGUUUUUUUCUGACGGCACGCACCUUAGCUCUUUAGGUUAUGACAUCAUGCUAAAUACAAUUGGGUCAGCAAUAUAUUCAUUCAAAUGUUUAGGAAAUUCUACAUAUCCUGUCUCAUAAUUAGUGCAUAACAUAGCACAGAUGUUGUUGGUUUUUUUUUAUUUACAGCAUAUAUCAUAUGUACGACAUCUUUGCGCGAACAUUGUCAUAGCUGAAAAUUCAUCCUAUACCGCUUUGGCGGAAAGGUCGUAAGAGACCCUUUUUGGCAUUUUUAUAGCAUGAAUUUCAGAUUUUUGCUGCCGUAAUCGGAGCAAAAACGCAAAAUAUAUUACAUAAAGAUAAUAAAUUAUUCAAUUAGCAUUUCAAAUUUUUAUCUUUGAAUAUGAUACUCAGCUAUGACAAUGUUUACGCCAAAAACUUAAUAAAAUAAAUUUAGUAAAACUUUAAUCGGUGUUGAGUCUUUGUCGAUGGGUAAUUUAUUCAGGUUAAUAACCUAUAUUAUUAACCUUAUUACACAUCGCAAGGAUCAGAUACAUGUACAAAUAUGGUAUACAUGAAGCGGAGGGAUACAUUAAGUACUACUUUUCUUAGAAAAGCGCAGCACCGAUCGUUGUUCUUUCUUUGCAAUCUGGAAGCCAACGAAGAAGGUAGUUGUACUGACGCUAUGUUUAAAACUUAAAGUUUAAAUAUUUUUACAUAAUUAAAAUGCUUUUAACCCACCCUCCCACCUCAGAUAUUUUUUUUUGCUGUCCGUAUUUUGUUGUAUAAUUUCAGAUAGAGUUUAGCAGACGAUCGUCAUAGCGAGUAUAAAGGCAGACAAGGAGACCAGUCCAGCACGUGUGCAAUGAUAUAUAAUGCAAAUGGACAACGAGAAGAUACUUAAAAUUCUUUAAAAGUGUUCAAAGACUCUAAUUUUGCUACAGUCACCUGGGCAAAUAGCUUUUUAAGUCUGCCGCGUUUUUCAAGUUGUUGCUAUCAGUGUAACUUGUUGCAUUUUUAUAGCAUGAAUUUCAGAUUUUUGCUGCCGUAAUCGGAGCGAAAACGCAAAAUAUACUACAUAAAGAUAAUAAAUUAUUCAAUUAGCAUUUCAAAUUUUCAUCUUUUAAUAUGAUACUCAGCUAUGACAAUGUUUACGCCA